UUUUUUUUUUUUUUUUUUUAAAGCGUUGAUGCCGAGGCAUUCAGCAUUCAAUAGCAUGAGUCAGUCUGAUCAAUAUAUACCAAACUGGAGACAGGAAUAUACACGUAUAUUUUUUUCUUCCCUCAUGUUAAAUACGGAUUGAAGCAUCUCACUUAGAAGCCCAGGUUCUCUAGGGGACUAAGUCCAGAACUGAGAGGGUGUAUCAGACCAUGAACAAUGAGCAUGGAGGCUGGGCAUUGGUAUCGCUGGCAGGCGUUUCUAUAGGCUAAAGGCCAUACUAGCUGAUCGCCGGUACCAAUGAUCUUUCAGCACAGCUGGCAGUUUUUUUGUUUUUGUUUUUGUUUUUUGUUUUUUGUUUUUUCAAGUCAGGGUUUCUCUGUAUAGCCCUGGCUGUCCUGGAACUCACUUUGUAGACCAGGCUGUCCUCCAACUCAGAAAUCCGCCUGCCUCUGCCCUCCCAAGUGCUGGGAUUAAAGGCGUGCGCCACCACGCCCGGCAAGCUGGCAGUUCUUGAUGGCAACAGUCUCCACUUUUCCCAGCAUGAGAAGAUCAAGGCUGUGAGCUCCACACUGAAACUCCCACCAGCCGGCUCUGGCCUUGGUGUGACACGUGCACGAGCUUUAAGGCCCUGCGCAGCGGAAACGCGUGGGCAGCACGUGGCCGCAUCCGGCGCGCCCUGGGACUAGCGGCUAUGGACGUGGGCGCGGACGAAUUUGAGCAGAGCCUUCCACUCCUGCAGGAGCUUGUCGCGGGUGCGGACUUCGUGGGUAAGGUGCCUGGGGUUGCAGGGCCUGUCAGGGACAGCCUGGGAACUGGUGUUUGGUGUUUGUGUACGGUAUGGCUUUCCAGGCCAGAGGAGCUCAGAGAGCGUCCUAGGAAGGACAGGAGGCUUCCUUUCCCACUCGGCCAGGGGGGCUUCAAGCAAUCAAACCCGCAGCUCUGGACAGCCUUGUCUGGGACCACAUACUCUGUUUCUGUUUUCCAUGACUGUGUACAGCUGCUUACCUCCUGGGGCAUUUGCAGUGUGAAAGGUGGUGCUUUGCUCUGUGCCUGAGGAUUUUUGUCUGUUUUGUGCUCCCGUAGGUCUGGAUAUAGAGUUCACAGGUCUGCGUUCAAACUUGUCUCGGCCCCAACAGAUCAGUCUUUUUGACUUGCCAUCUGAGUGGUAUCUGAAGACCCGGCAGAGUGUUCAGCAGUUUACAAUCUGUCAGAUUGUAAGGAUGUGCCCUGUUCUGCAGCCCCCACACGUCUGUGGGUACAAAGCUUGGUGAGGAAUGUCUGGUCCUUGGCUGACCUCAGGUGGCUUUGCCUCCGUGUUCAUUACGUCUGCCGUUGCUGUUCUAGGAUUGUCCAUGUUUUCCAGCAUCGAAGGAGAGUCAAACAAGUAUGUAGCACACUCCUGCAAUUUCUUUCUCUUCCCUACAACAUUUGGGAUCCUGGACUCAGAGUUCUCUUUCCAGGCAUCUAGUGUGCAGUUUCUGAAUCAGUAUGGCUUCGACUAUAACAAGUUCCUCAAAAAUGGAAUCCCAUACAUGAAUGAAGAGCAGGAGAAGAAAAUCAAGCACAGUAUCCUAAGAGGGAACUGGAGAGUCCGAAGCUCUCUGGAUAAAGACCAAAUCAAGGUGGUGAUUGAUAAGGUGACCCAGUGGCUGGACCUGGCUGAGGAAGGUGACCAGAUGACUCUGCCUGGCAUCGCUGGGUUCCAAGCCUUUGAGGUCCAACUGGUGCUGAGGCAGGCCCUCCCCAACAUCUGGACAGUGCUGAAAGAGGAGUGGGUGAUUGUGAAGAAGGUGAGCCAGCCACAACGCUGGUACCUUGAGCACGCCUCUUGUGACCAAGUCAGCUGUUGGAAGGAACAGAUUCUUCUCUCUGCAAGAGGCUUCUCUGUCUUUUUCCAGAUGUUGGUGAAAGCCCAGAAGCCCUUGGUAGGACAUAACAUGAUGAUGGACCUACUGCAUCUCCAUGAGAAGUUCUUCCGACCUCUUCCAGAAAGCUAUGAUCAGUUUAAGCAGAACAUCCAUAGCCUGUUUCCUGUCCUCAUUGACACUAAGAACGUGACAAAGGACAUCUGGAAGGAACUGCGUUUCCCACGGGUCUCCAACCUCUUGGAAGUGUACGAAGUGCUGAGCAGUAACUUGAAUCCCACUAAGGAUUCUGGACCGGUGAUUAUUCACGCAAGACAGUGUAAAAAAUACGCUGAGACCAAGUGCCCUCACGAAGCAGCCUAUGACGCUUUCCUCUGCGGGUCAGUUCUUUUGAAAGUGGCUCACUUGCUCCUGCAGAGGGUGCAUGGCAACGGUGCUGUGCACGAGCCUGCCUUCCCCCAAUACCUUGAUGUGCUGGCGCCUUACGUGAACCAAGUGAACCUUAUCCGAGCUGGGGUUCCGAAAAUUAAUUUUUCUGGUCCCGAUUACCCCAGCAUCCGCCCUCCUGUACUCAUCCUCACCGUCAAGAGGUGGCCUGGGGUGAGCGAGCAGCAGGUCUACCGUGAGUUCCAGAAUCUCUGCAAGUUCGAUGUCAGGCGGUUCACUCGAAGCCAGUUCCUGCUCCUGACCAAUAAGUUUAAGGAUGCCCGCAGUGUCUUGAAGGAGUACAGGAACCACCCAACCCUGCAGGUCUCCUUGUACCGGUCCUGGAGACAUUCCCCCAACAUCACCUGCCUGUUACAGGUCUGCAGCAUAGUCACCACCUGGGCCAUGAUUGCAUUUCUCCUGGGAAGACCCAUGCCCUGAGAGCAGUGAGCCACCUCAGCUUCUGUCUUAGUCUCUGGAGAUGGCCCUCGUGGCUCGUUUGUAUAAACCAGUUUGUUUUCAUGCAGACCCUUGCGGUCCUCUGUACAUAGUCUGUUGUGUUGUAAAUGUGAGAUUCUGUAAAUAUGGCUGAUGAUAAAGAAACCCUUGUGUGUCGGACCUCUG